AGUCACACAGCUACUGAAAUAAUCGCCUCUAAAGUUGCAUCCUCGCAGGCCACAAGGGCAAACAUGCUCCACUCAACCUGACGGCGGCCGGGCACCAAUGGUCGCCAGAGGAGGAGGACUACAUGCUAAUGAGGGACAAACGUCCAGGCACCGUGACCUUGACAAACACGCUAUAAAGCAGCCCUCAUCCCUCGGAGCUGACUAUUCGCUGUGGCUUCAGGUCUGUGGACAACUUUUCCCCUCUUUUCGGAGCGCCGCCAUCUUUUCUGCCAGUGGUGCGGUGAGCAGCCGACGUCAUGUCCCGCUUUGACAUGUCGCAGUUCGUGGAUGCGGCUCCUUUCCUCCGCAAGAGUGACCUGGAGCUCCUGGAGGCUCACACCGUGGCCUUCGACGGUAAGAAGCGAGCCUGGAUACCUGAUGAGAAAGAAGCCUACAUUGAGGUGGAGCUGAGGGAGCUGAGCGGUGAUAAAGUCACCGUUGAGACCAAAGAUGGGAAAACCCUGACAGUGAAGGAUUGUGACGUCCAGCAGAUGAAUCCUCCAAAGUACGACAUGAUCGAGGACAUGGCCAUGUUGACUCACCUUAAUGAGGCCUCGGUUCUCUUCAAUCUGCGGCGACGCUACGCUAAGUGGAUGAUCUACACCUAUUCUGGCCUCUUCUGCGUGACUGUCAACCCAUACAAAUGGCUGCCGGUCUACACUGCCCCUGUGGUUGCUGCCUACAAAGGGAAGCGCCGCUCAGAAGCGCCGCCGCACAUCUACUCCAUCGCAGACAAUGCUUACAACGACAUGCUGCGCAAUCGAGAGAACCAGUCCAUGCUCAUUACCGGAGAAUCCGGUGCUGGCAAAACUGUCAACACGAAACGUGUCAUUCAGUAUUUUGCCAUUGUGGCAGCUCUUGGGGAAACAUCUGCUAAGAAGGCACAGGGACCAGCCACUAAAACAGGGGGGACUCUUGAAGACCAGAUCAUUGAGGCGAACCCCGCCAUGGAGGCGUUUGGUAAUGCCAAAACUUUGAGGAAUGACAACUCAUCCCGUUUUGGAAAGUUCAUUAGGAUUCACUUUGGACCUUCCGGCAAACUGGCGUCGUCUGAUAUCGACAUAUACCUUCUGGAAAAAUCCAGAGUUAUAUUUCAGCAGCCCGGCGAGAGAAGCUACCACAUUUACUACCAGAUCAUGUCGCAGAAGAAGCCAGAAUUGCUGGACAUGCUGCUGGUCUCCUCCAACCCCUACGACUAUCACUUUUGCUCCCAGGGAGUGACCACGGUGGAGAACAUGGAUGAUGGUCAGGAGCUGAUGGCAACUGAUCAUGCGAUGGACAUUCUGGGGUUUCUGCCAGAAGAAAAGUACGGCUGCUAUAAAAUAGUUGGAGCCAUCAUGCAUUUUGGCAACAUGAAGUUCAAACAGAAGCAGCGCGAGGAGCAGGCGGAGGCGGACGGCACUGAAAGUGCUGACAAAGCUUCCUACUUGAUGGGCGUCAGCUCAGCUGAUCUCAUCAAGGGUCUGCUUCACCCCAGGGUGAAGGUCGGGAACGAGUUUGUGGUGAAGGGACAAAAUGUCGAACAGGUGAACUAUUCCGUCGGUGCUCUGGCCAAAUCCACCUAUGACCGCAUGUUCAAGUGGCUUGUGGGGCGAAUUAACCGGACGCUGUACACCUCGCUGCCACGUCAGUACUUCAUAGGAGUCCUGGACAUUGCUGGCUUUGAGAUCUUUGAUCUCAACAGUUUCGAGCAGCUGUGCAUCAACUUCACAAAUGAAAAACUGCAACAGUUUUUCAACCAUCACAUGUUCAUCCUGGAGCAGGAAGAAUACAAGAGGGAGGGCAUUGAAUGGACCUUCAUUGACUUUGGUUUAGAUCUUCAAGCCUGCAUCGAUCUCAUCGAGAAGCCUCUGGGCAUCAUGUCCAUCCUUGAAGAGGAGUGCAUGUUCCCAAAAGCAACGGACCAAAGUUUUAAAGCCAAGCUGUUUGACAAUCACAUCGGCAAGUCUCCCAAUUUCCAAAAGCCAAGGCCAGACAAGAAGCGCAAGUUCGAGGCCCAUUUUGAGCUGGUGCACUAUGCUGGAGUGGUGCCGUACAAUAUUUUUGGCUGGUUGGACAAAAACAAAGACCCACUCAACGAGACUGUGGUGUCAUGUUUCCAAAAGUCUGCCAACAAGCUGCUAGCAUCUCUCUAUGAAAAUUAUGUCGGAUCUGAUUCAGCUGAACAGAAGACCGGAGGAAAGGAGAAGAGAAAGAAGGCAGCCUCCUUCCAGACUGUGUCUCAGCUUCACAAGGAAAACCUGAACAAGCUGAUGACGAACCUGCGCAGCACUCAGCCCCACUUUGUCCGCUGUAUCAUCCCAAAUGAGACCAAGACCCCAGGGAUCAUGGAUCCGUUCCUGGUGCUGCAUCAGCUGCGCUGCAACGGCGUUCUGGAGGGCAUCAGGAUCUGCAGAAAAGGCUUUCCCAACAGGAUUGUCUAUGCCGAGUUCAAACAGCGCUACCGCAUCCUGAACCCACAGGCCAUCCCAGAGGACACGUUUGUGGACAGCAGGAAAGCUUCAGAAAAGCUGCUGUCCUCGCUGGACAUCGACCACACCCAGUACAAGUUUGGACACACAAAGGUCUUUUUCAAAGCGGGUCUGCUGGGUCAUCUGGAGGAGCUGCGCGACGAGCGCUUGGCCAAAGUCCUGACACAAUUCCAGGCCAUCGCCCGCGGCAGGAUCAUGAGAAAUGAGCUUGAGAUGAUGAACCGCAGAAGGGAGGCUCUGAUGAUCAUCCAGUGGAACAUUCGGGCCUUCAAUGCUGUCAAGCACUGGCCCUGGAUGAGGCUCUUCUUCAGGAUCAAGCCACUGUUGAGAAGUGCCGCCACUGAAAAGGAGCUGGCGGCUCUCAAGGAGGAGAUGGCCAAGCUGAAGGAAGCCUUCGAGAAGUCGGAGGUAAAGCGUAAAGAGCUGGAGGAGCGGCAGGUCAGUCUGACCCAAGAGAAGAACGACCUCUCACUGCAGCUGCAGGCGGAGCAAGACAAUCUUGCAGACGCCGAAGAUCGCUGCGACCUUCUCAUCAAAACCAAGAUUCAGCUGGAGGCCAAAGUCAAAGAACUGGUCGAGAGGCUGGAGGACGAAGAAGAGAUGAGCGCUAAUGUGCUGGCCAAGAAGCGCAAGCUUGAGGACGAGUGCGCUGAGCUGAAGAAAGACAUCGACGACCUCGAGAUCACUCUGGCUAAAGUGGAGAAGGAGAAACAUGCCACUGAGAACAAGGUGAAGAACCUGAUCGAGGAGAUGGCAGCUCUGGAUGAGAACAUCCUCAAGCUGACCAAGGAGAAGAAGGCUCUCCAAGAGGCUCACCAGCAGACUCUGGAUGACCUGCAAGCAGAGGAGGACAAAGUCAACUCCCUGACCAAGGCCAAGACCAAGCUGGAGCAGCAAGUGGAUGAUCUGGAAGGAUCUUUGGAACAAGAGAAGAAGCUGCGGAUGGACUUGGAACGGGUCCGACGCAAGCUGGAGGGAGACCUCAAGCUCUCCAUGGAGUCUGUGAUGGACCUGGAGAACGACAAGCAGCAGAUCGAGGAGCGGUUGAAGAAAAAAGACUUUGAAAUGAAUCAAGUGAACGCAAAGAUCGAGGAUGAGCAAGCGUUGGUGAACCAGCUGCAGAAGAAGAUCAAGGAGUUACAGGCUCGUACGGAGGAGCUGGAAGAGGAGCUGGAGUCCGACCGGGCGUGCCGGGCCAAAGUGGAGAAGCAGCGGAGCGACGUGGCCCGAGAGCUGGAGGACCUCAGCGAGCGCCUGGAGGAGGCUGGAGGGGCCACGUCUGCUCAAAUUGAGAUGAACAAAAAGAGGGAGGCAGAGUUCCUCAAACUGCGGCGAGACCUGGAGGAGGCGAUGCUGCACCACGAGGCCACCACGGCGGGUUUACGGAAGAAACACGCCGACAGCGUGGCGGAGCUGAGCGAGCAGAUCGACAGCCUGAUGCGAGUCAAGCAGAAGCUGGAGAAGGAGAGAAGCGAGGCCAAGAUGGAGGUGGACGAUCUGUGCUCCACCGUGGAGCAGCUCUCAAAGGGCAAGAUCGGCUUAGAAAAGAUGUGUCGCCACUAUGAAGACCAAAUGAAUGAGGCUAAAGCCAAAGUGGAGGAGCUCCAGAGGCAGCUGAACGACACCAGCACUCAGAGGGCUCGCGUCCAAGCUGAGAGCUCUGAACUGGGCCGGAAGCUUGAAGAGAAGGAGUCCUUGGUGUCCCAGCUUCAACGCAGCAAAAACUCCUUUGCCCAAAAUGUGGAGGAGCUAAAGAAACAGCUGGAGGAGGAGCACAAGGCGAAGAGUGCCCUGGCUAACGCCCUGCAGUGCUCCCGCCACGACUGCGACCUCCUCAGGGAGCAGUAUGACGAGGAGCUGGAGGCCAAGGCUGAGCUCCAGAGAGCGCUGUCCAAGGCCAACGUCGAGGUGGCGCAGUGGAGGACCAAGUAUGAAACUGAUGCCAUCCAGAGGACUGAGGAGCUGGAAGAGGCCAAGAAGAAGCUGGUGGUUCGACUCCAGGAGGCUGAGGAGACAGUGGAGGUCUCCAACGCCAAAUGUUCCUCGCUGGAGAAAACCAAACACCGACUGCAGACGGAGAUCGAAGAUCUUGUCAUCGACUUGGAACGCUCCAAUGCUGCGGCCGCCGUCCUGGACAAGAAGCAGCGUAACUUUGAUAAGGUUUUGGCUGAGUGGAAGCAGAAGCACGAGGAGUGUCAGAUGGAACUGGAGAGCUCCCAGAAAGAGUCCCGAGGUCUGAGCACGGAACUGUUCAAGCUGAAGAACUUGUACGAGGAGACUCUGGAUCAUCUGGAGACCAUCAAGAAGGAGAACAAAAACCUCCAAGAGGAGAUCGUGGACCUCUCUGAUCAGAUCAGUCAGGGAUCCAAGACCAUUCAGGAGCUGGAGAAGAUGAAGAAGGAUCUGGAUUUGGAGAAGAGCGAGAUCCAGGCGGCGCUAGAGGAGGCUGAAGGAACUCUGGAGCAUGAAGAAAGCAAAACGCUCCGCAUCCAACUGGAGCUCAACCAGAUAAAGGCCGAGGUGGACCGGAAGUUGGCGGAGAAGGACGAAGAGAUCGACACUCUUCGCCGGAACCACCAGAGGACUCUGGAGUCCAUGCAGAGCAACCUGGACGCUGAGGCCAAGUCUCGCAACGAGGCGGUGCGCCUGAGGAAGAAGAUGGAAGGUGACCUGAACGAGAUGGAGGUGCAGCUGGGCCACGCCAACAGGCAGGCGGCCGAGUCCCAGAAGCUCCUGCGGAACCUGCAGAUCCAGGUCAAGGACGUCCAACUGGAGCUGGACGAGACCGUCCACAAGAACGAGGAGCUGAAGGAGCAGGUGGCCGUGACCGAGCGCCGCAACAACCUGCUGUCCUCCGAGGUGGAGGAGCUCCGGGCUCUGCUGGAGCAGAACGACCGCGCGCGCAAGCUGGCGGAGCACGAGCUGCUGGAGUCCACGGAGAGAGUCAACCUGCUGCACGCUCAGAACACCGGCCUCAUCAACCACAAGAAGAAACUGGAGAGCGACAUCAGCUCGCUGUCUGCUGAGAUGGAAGACGCCGUGCAGGAGUGUCGCAACGCGGAGGAGAAGGCCCGCAAGGCCAUCACUGACGCGGCCAUGAUGGCCGAGGAGCUGAAGAAGGAGCAGGACACUAGCGCUCACCUGGAGAGGAUGAAGAAGAACAUGGAGCAGACCAUCAAGGACCUGCAGAUGCGUCUGGAUGAGGCAGAGCAGAUUGCACUCAAGGGAGGCAAGAAGCAGGUCCAGAAGCUGGAGGCCAGGGUCAAAGAGCUGGAGAGUGAGCUGGACAGCGAGCAGAAGAAGAGCCAGGAAUAUCAGAAGGGGCUUCGCAAGUACGAGAGACGGGUCAAAGAGCUGUCCUACCAGUCUGAAGAGGACAAGAAGAACCUGGUGCGUCUGCAGGACCUCAUCGACAAGCUGCAGGCCAAGGUCAAGAGCUACAAGAGACAAGUGGAGGAUGCGGAGGAGCAGGCCAACUCCAACCUGGCCAAAUAUCGCAAGAUCCAGCACGAGCUGGACGACGCAGAGGAGCGGGCCGAGACUGCCGAGUCACAAGUCAACAAGCUGCGCGUCCGCACUCGUGACCAAGGCGGCAAGCACGCCGAGUGAUGGCGCAGCUGCAGCGGGUCUGUGGAGCCAGUCAACACAUGGCGACUGAGACGGAAGGGCAACAAACCAGGCAUUUAUUAGAUUAACCGGACCCACAGCUGAGCAAACCUCAAGGACCUGUUCUUAUUUCUUUCCUCAA